AUGUCAAAAGUCAAGAGAUCGGACAAACAUUCAACUUCAAAAAACUUAGAAAAAGAAAGAUCAAGAAAAUCUGAGAGAAAUUCAAAAAGAAGUUUGUUGGAAAAAGAACCUCAGAAAUCUGCUGAAAAAUCAAGGAAAUCAGAAAAACCAUCAUCAUCUUCUGAAACUCCUCAGCCUCAACCACAAGAGAUCUUACAAGUCGAAAACUCAGUCGCUCUUCCCGAAAAACCGAGCAAAGCCAACAAUUUUCAAACAUUGGAUAGUCAUAUUCGUCAUUAUAUUCAAUGUUUUGAGUCGAAAAUGGUGAAAAAAAUGUAUGAAAGUGAAAAUCGAUUGAAACAACAUAUGGAUUUAUUGAUUGAAAAUGCUGUCAAAAAUAUAAUUGAAAAUCAAGAAGAAUGCCGUGUUAUGUGUGUUGCUCCACCUUCUGGUAAAUUAUUAUUGAAAGGGUUUUUAGAAAAUUGGGAUUUCUUUGUGGAACUCUGACUUCAAACAGUUUCUACAGCACCGCCACCAAGAAAAAAGACACGAUUCGAUGUUGAACCACAAGCGGAACCAUAUAAUUGGCCAACCGGUGAACAUCCAAUUGAGAAUCCAGCAUGGCCAGAAGGACAACUUCGAGUUCUAUCAACUCAUCCACAAAGAUUCUUAAUGCGCGGCGAUCCGACAACACCAUUUGAAGUUGAAGCCGGAAAACCAAAAGUAAAUUGUAUUUUCUGCAAACUUCCGCAUUUCUCUGAUUGUUGUCCGAUUAUUCCGGAUCCAUUGGCGAGACGAGAAAUUUUGAAGGAUGAAAAAAGAUGUAUGAAAUGUUGUGGAAAAUUGGAGGGAAAUCAUCAAUGUAAUACAAAACCGUGUAGAUAUUGUAAAGCGAUUGGAGAUUUGAAAUCGGAUCAUCAUUCGUCGAUUUGUAGAGUUCCGAAAAAUAUUGAAUAG